UAGAAGUGAUAGUUGAUGCAGUUGGGGCAAGCCUCUCCCCCCUCCUCCCCCUUGUGACGUCACGCGGGCCGUCUGUCUCCAAAGUGCGCUGCGUGAGUUUGGUUUGGGCAGUCAGCAGCGGCCAGCGUGCGCGCAUUCCCGGGACACCGCAACAUCAGUCGUAGCUGGGGGCACUAAAACUUCACUCCUCAACACCAAACUUUGGACUAGAAGCCAACAGACAACAUGGGUUGUUUCGAAUGCUGCAUCAAAUGUUUAGGCGGGGUCCCGUACGCGUCCCUUGUGGCGACCAUCUUGUGCUUCUCAGGAGUUGCACUGUUCUGUGGGUGUGGACAUGUGGCCCUCACCGGGACCAUCACCAUCCUGGAGACGCACUUCUCCAAAGUCACCUCAGACCACGCCAUGCUCACUGAUAUAAUCCAGCUGAUGCAGUACGUCAUUUAUGGCAUUGCCUCCUUCUUCUUCCUGUACGGGAUCAUCCUGCUGGCAGAGGGCUUCUACACCACCAGCGCUGUCAAAGAACUGCACAGCGAGUUCAAGACCACCAUCUGCGGCCGCUGCAUCAGUGGAUUGUUUGUCUUCCUCACAUACAUUCUCGGUGUGGCCUGGCUUGGAGUCUUUGGCUUUUCUGCUGUGCCAGUUUUCCUCUUCUACAACAUGUGGUACACCUGCAACACCAUGAAGUCUCCUAUGGCUAACCUCACCAGCAUUGAGUCCAUCUGUGUGGAUGUCCGUCAGUAUGGUAUUAUUCCGUGGAACGCCACACCAGGAAAGGCCUGUGGAUCUACACUAGGAGACAUCUGCAACUCUAGCGAGUUCUACCUGUCCUAUCACUUGUACAUUGUUGCAUGUGCUGGAGCAGGAGCCACCGUUAUUGCUCUGCUGAUCUACAUGAUGGCUACCACUUAUAACUUUGCCGUUUUGAAGUUUAAGAGUCGAGAAGAUUGCUGCACUAAGUUUUAAACAGUGCUCCAUAUAUUUGAAAGCUGUACUGAUUAGUCACUGACAACAUUUAAACUAAAAAAAAAUCAGAAUAGGAAAUAUUAGUGAUCACAAGUGUAAAUAGCUGAUUGUAUGCGUUCUUUAGCAUCCAGGGAUGUCCAAGGGUGAUUUUUCAGCAAUGUCUGAUUUUUUUUGUGUGCUUUUCCAGGCACUCACAGAAAUAUUAUAGAACUCAAGGAGACAACUAGAAAGUCCAAUCUAAAUUUAACUUCAUUUUACCGAAUAUUAUAGACUAUCCCUAUUCGAACAUCUAAUGACUAUAAAUCAAAGAUGUUUUAAAACAGAUUUCUAGUAAUUUGUUGACUGUUGAAUAAUGUUGAUGCCAUGAAGUGUUGCAAAACAUCAGUAUUAUUUUGUUUUGAACUUAAGGUGUUAAAUCCAUGAGUAUUAUAGACCAUAUGUGUAUUAUAGAAUGAAUAAAUAGCACUCCAUGGCCAAUACCCAUUGGAUCCCAAUGGGGCCAUUAGCCUCCUUUCAUUCCAUGUAUGAUAAUCCAGUUCUUUUAGAUAAAGUACAUAUAUUUAGGUUGAACGAGUGCUGAUGCUGACAGGCCUCGGCUAUGAAGUCUGUUUUUCUAUUCUUUUUCCCAAGUGCCACAAAAGAGCCAUUUUGUUUUUUCUUAACACUGAGCCUGCAUGCUUAAUAUUUCAGAAGCUUUUGAUGUGUUUAGUUUCUUAUACUCAAUUUUUCAUAUAUUUAAUUUUCUCCUAAAUUUUGGACUGUAGCGAUUACUUUCGGUAUAAAAUAAACAAUCUUUGUUUACAAAAUUUUCCCACUUGGUUGAUUUAUUUCCCACAGGAACAGACAUGGGUCUUGCGCUCUGCACUAACGUUUGGCGCUUGCAUGUGACGUCUUUGCUGUCCUGUCUCAUCCCUCAAUAACCUAAAAUUUCUUUUCUAUAUUUUAGAUUAUAUAAAUACACGAUAACUCCACUAUUGGUGAUGGAAGUUUUUUGUCUGUUUUAGAUUAAAUAAAUGUAUUUGUAUUUGCAGCAUUACUUUGCAUACAAAAUGUAUUUGGCUUUCACAAAAUUAAUGUAGAACAUAAUGCUAAAUUAGUAAAACCUAUGCAUAGUCAAUGUCAUAAUACUAGUAAUUUAUUUGCCUUUUAUUUUUUUCCUGUCUACUGCACUGUCUAUAUGUUGAGCUACAGUAACAGUGAAUAUUUUAUGCAAUUAAAGUUUCCUUUUUAAAUACAACAUUCAAAAAACUUCCAUAUUUACCUUGCACUGUAACUCUGUAACUACAAUGUUUAUUGACUUGUCUGUAUGUCUAAUAUUUGUAGCUUUGACCUCUAUAGCUUGCUUUGCAUCUCUGACAUGCUCACCGCCAUCAACCUUCAACCUUCACCCUCUCUUCCAGAUCCACUUCCUCAUGAUACUCUCUGCAAACUGGGCUUACCUUAAGGACGCCAGUCAAAUGCAUGCCUACCAAGACAUCAAACUGAAGGAGGAGCGCGAGCUGCAGGACAUCACGUCACGCUCCAAGGAAUGCCUCAAUUCCUACACAUAAGGAUAUUACACACCCCAGUCACACUUCAGACACAUAUAAUGAGGCACUAAGGGCCAAGUAUGGUGGCCUGUUUGGACCAAUGCUCAGCUGAAUUACCUGCCAGCAGCCUGACUCUGCACUAAUCGGGCUUCU